AUGUUGAACUCUGGUUCUAUAUCUCCUGCGAGCCAGACGGCCUGGUCUGUAACGUCUUUCCAAAGCUUGAUGUCGCCCGAGUCGGCCACCAUUGAGUCCAGGUCUGGCACGUCGCCGAUCUGGCCCAUCGACGGUAGCAGGGACGGCGAGAAGAACUGGCCGUGCGGUUCUGCCACUCCGGGCGACAUGGACUCGCGCAGGGGUCCGAGCCGGGCCUGGGAGUCUGGCGGCCAACUGAACGCCUGGUCCUGGCGGUAG